CGUAAUACUUUGUAUUAUAAAUACCCUUCUCUUCGUCCUCCUUCAUUGCCUGUACUCUUCCUCUUCCCGUUCCGUUUGUCCGCAACGGAGCCCGUUUUCGUAUCUGCAUCAGUAAUCACCACCAAUUGGCAGGGAGAACCAAGAGAAGGCAUGGGAAACGAAUCAUAUGAAGACGCAAUCGAAGCUCUCAAGAAGCUUAUCAUUGAGAAGGAUGAGCUGAAGACGGUGGCUGCGGCCAAGGUGGAGAAGCUCACGGCGGAGCUUCAGACAGUCUCGUCGUCGAACAGCAAAUAUUUUGAUCCCGUCGAACGAAUUAAGCAAGGCUUCAUCACAUUCAAGAAGGAGAAAUACGAUACGAAUCCUGAUUUGUACGGUGAGCUCGCCAAAGGUCAAAGCCCAAAGUACAUGGUGUUUGCUUGUUCGGACUCACGUGUGUGCCCAUCACACGUGCUAAACUUCCAUCCUGGAGAUGCCUUCAUGGUUCGUAACAUCGCUAAUAUGGUUCCUCCUUUUGACAAGGUCAAAUAUGGAGGAGUUGGAGCCGCCAUUGAAUACGCUGUCUUGCACCUUAAGGUGGAGAACAUUGUGGUGAUAGGUCACAGUGCAUGUGGUGGCAUCAAGGGGCUUAUGUCAUUUCCUCUUGACGGAAACAACUCCACUGAUUUUAUAGAAGACUGGGUAAAAAUCUGCUUGCCAGCAAAGUCAAAGGUUUUGGCUGAAAAUGAAAGUUCAGCAUUUGAAGACCAAUGUGGACGAUGUGAAAGGGAGGCAGUGAAUGUGUCACUAGCAAACCUAUUGACAUAUCCAUUUGUGAGAGAAGGGGUUGUGAAAGGAACGCUAGCUUUGAAGGGAGGUUACUAUGACUUUGUUAAGGGAGCUUUUGAGCUUUGGGGACUCCAAUUUGGCCUCUCUCCUGCUCAUCCUAUUUGAACCAAUACAUCAUCAUCAUCAUCAUCAUCAUCAUCAUCACCUUCAUCAUGUUUAUUACUCUUGAUCUCCCAUCUUAAUAAUUGCUACUUUAAAUUGUAAUGCACCUUUACUUGAGCGGUUGAACUGAGAGCUUCCUUUUCUUUUUCAUUAUGUAUCCGACCUAAAAAAAUAAAAAAGAGGAAUAUCAUGAAUGAGAUAUAAAAAAUUAUAUUUGUGUUUU